AUGCAGCCAUCGGUGUUUUCGACACAAGGAGCGGGGGCAGCGAGAUCUGCAACUGGGGGAAGCUUUUCGAGAACUCGAAGUGCACCGGUGAACAAUGGAGCUGAAUCCGAUUCUUGGAUUGAAGUAGCUUCGCACCCUAGCGAUAGCCAAUAUACAUCGUCCUCCGAUGACCAUAUCAUAACCGCAGGUCUUCGCAUCUCGCAGACUCGUCGGCGACGCAGAGGAACAGCUCGACCAACUGCACGUCCCCAAGAGGUGCCUGUAUUUGAACCAGAACAGUCGUCAGGAGAGGACGACGAUGAGAGCGAAGGUGAAGACAUGGGGACAAUGAUCAACUCAAUGACUAUGAGCUCUGACGACUAUUCCUCUCCCGAGGACGACGACGAUGAGAGUGAUGACGAGGCUUCAGCUUCAGACUCCAACGCAAGACUACGAACAGGUUUUCCGCCCUCAGUGCCGCCGCAGCGCCCGGGCCCGCCAUAUAGGCGUGCCCAAACCACACCGUCGGCAUCCGCAGGUAGUCAUGCUUAUGGGUUCAAUUCGUUCGCACCAAAUCAUGCGGCUGACCACGACGCAGCUCUAAGGGCUUCAUUGUCAACACUUUUGAGUUGUGCAGCGGCAGCAAGGGGACUUCCAAAGUCAAGUCAAAUAUUGCCAGCAAGCCAGUCCCAACAACAAGGGGGUAGGGUAGCAGUUGAUAAUCUGACGCUUGUGAGGGAGGGUGGUGAACCUAGUAACUCAACCACGAAGCCCCGAAGUCUUUCAAUUACGUCCACAUCAACAGCUCCUGCAUCACGCUCACAAUCAUCUGAGAGCCUUGCGAUGAAAGAUACUAAGAAGUUGAAAGGCAAAUCGUCAUCUUCAAAAUCAAAGCGAAGAUCACGUUCUCAGACACGAGGAACCAGUAACGAGAAUGAAGUCAUGAGUUUAUCAAACUUCUCGUAUAUGACUCUAGCUAUCUCGGCCGGCGCAAUCAUUGUCUUGAGCGCCAUUACUUUCUCUGCUGGGUAUGCUCUGGGCAAGGAAGUCGGGAAGGGGGAAGGCGGGUUACUUAGUAGUGUCGGUAGCGUCAGCCGGAGGGAGGGCGGAAAGGCGGCGUUGAAGACAACGAGUAAAGGGAUUGGAAUGACGAAGUUUACCAGCGUUACCGCAUUUUAG